AACACAAAAAAAUAUUGAAAAACUUCCUUUAACUAAACCUCUCACGUACAUAUGCUUAUCUAAAGUCAUUCAUACAGUAGCUUUUAUACUUCCUUCUUUUAUUAAAUUGUUCACUGGUGCAAAUGGAGUUUCUAAUUUUGUUGUUGUUGUUGUUCAUGCACACAUUUUCAACAAACGGAUAUGAUAAUUUAUCAGAAGGUAAGAAUUCUACACAAAGUUCAAUGUGGGCAUGUCCACCACACAUCUGCCACAAGUAUACAGCAAACAACGCAGUUGAUGGAGACAUCAGUACCUGUAUGAGAACUGACACGAUCGGCACGACCUCUACACUCCAAACAGUAUGGUGGAGAGUUGACCUUGGCGACAUCAAGAGUAUCUACAGUAUUAGGAUACAGUUUAAACGCCAUGAACCACGAUACUAUAAUCGUCAAAGAGGAAGGAUGGCGGGUUUUUCUCUAUAUGUUUCAAAUACAACAGAAUUCAAGAACGGUUAUCUCUGUUACAAGGACGGACCAGAAUUACCUCUGUUAGAUAUAACCAUUAUCUGUACCAUUCAUGGACGUUUUGUUACAUUUUACAAUGAAAGAAAAGAGACAUCCCAUCCUGUUGGAUACGAGAACACCAUUGUUAUAACAGAGUUAUGUGAAUUUCCUGUAAUUGGCUGUCAAAAGGAUGGAUUUUAUGGUCAAAACUGUGAUCUUGCAUGUCCUCCUCAUUGUCAAGACAGAAGAUGUAAUAUAAUAAAUGGAACGUGUCUUGGGUGUACAGCUGGCUGGAUCGGAGAGUUUUGUAACAAAACGUGCAUAUUUGGGUAUUAUGGUAUGGAGUGUAAAACAAAAUGCACAGGUCAUUGUCAUGGUGGUGCUUCCUGUAAUCAUAUAAGUGGACAAUGUGAUCAUGGAUGCGAGGAAGGAUGGAUGAUACCCAGCUGUGAUCAACCCUGUCGGGAUGGAUUUUAUGGACAUAAUUGUAUGUAUAAAUGCAGCAGUCAUUGUACAAACGGUUUACCAUGUGACAAGGCAAGUGGGAAAUGUGAAAGUUGUGCACCGGGAUACAUCGGAGCACUUUGUAAUAAUUCGUGUUCAAACGGAACUUACGGUCAAAAUUGUUCUAAAAACUGUAAUAUCAAAUGCCAAGGUCAGAAUUGUUUCCAUGAAAAUGGAUUUUGUUCUGAAGGAUGUAAAGAUGGAUACCAGGGAAAUACCUGCACUGAAAAGUGCAAUGAAGGAUGGUAUGGAGUCAACUGCUCCAGACAUUGCAGCUUUAACUGCCAAAGGGAAUUGUGCCACAAUGAAAAUGGAGAGUGUAGCGAUGGGUGUAAACCAGGAUGGACAGGUUCAAACUGCGGUCAAGCUUGCGAUUUUGGAUUUUAUGGAGAAAACUGCACAAGAACAUGCAGUUCAUACUGCAAAAUAAGCCUGAACUGCAGCAAUACUAAUGGAAAAUGUGUCGACGGCUGUAUGGAUGGAUACAUAGAACCAAUAUGCAAUACACGUUGCAAGGGUGGAUGGUAUGGCAAAAAUUGCUCAAAGCCUUGUAAUGUUAACUGUAUGUAUCAGACCUGUAACCACAGGGAUGGUAUAUGUUUGCUUGGAUGUAAACCAGGAUGGACUUCAGCCAAUUGCUCUGAGGCAUGUGAUGGGGGAUUUUAUGGCAAAAACUGUUUAAAGAGCUGUCCCAACUGUCUUAAUAAUGUAUGUAAUCCUAUCAAUGGGACUUGUAUUGAGGGGUGUGACGACGGAUAUUUGGGCCAUAAAUGUGAUGAAGUUUGUCAAAUGGGAUGG